AUGGAACUUGCAAGCAACAACAGUAAUCAAUCAAUCACCUCCACCACCACUCCUUCAAAGAAAAUCUCAAAAAACACAGAGAAUUUGAACCCUAAUGUGCCUCAUCGAAGCCCUUCUUCAAAGUCCCCUGCUUUGAGACCUUCCAAACCGAACAACACCAACCCAGUUGCGCAAUCGCCGCAUAACAGGAUCCGGCAGAGGAAGUUUGUGGUGGCCAAGAAAAAAAAGCAAAAGGAUUCUCGAAACGAUGCCGUUUCAUGCAAAUGCAAACACAACGGUGGCGCCAAGUGUCUUUGCGUGGCGUACCAAACCCUGAGGGCUUCUCAGGAAGAGUUUUUCCUCAAAGAGAGGAAGGGUUAUGAUGAGGAGGAAGAAGAAGAAGAAGAAGAAGAAGAAGAAGAAGAGGCAAAAGAUGAGAAGGGUUAUGAUUUUGCCGAGGGAACAAAAAGUGAGACUGUUGAAGGUGAAGAAAUUGGUGAUCAAAAAGAAGAAGGAGGUUCUAAUGUGAAACGAAGGAGAGAGAGGGACAGGUUGUUGGAAGAGGCGAGGAACAGUAUUCCUGAAAAUGGUUUUGGGAAGGUUUUGCAUUUGGUGAAGGCGUUUGAGAAGCUUCUCACUAUACCGAAAAGUUCAAAGGAAAAAGAUCAGACGGAGGAUCAGGAUCGGGUCCAGGAUCUUACAGAGAAAGGGGAUAAGAACAGGGUGAUGAAAUGGGCAUUACCUGGAUUACAAUCUGAACAACAACAUAAGGCACUUGAAGCCACCGAUGAAGCUUCUGGUUCUGGUUCUUCUUCUUCUUCAUUUUGUUAUACUUCUGAUUUGGUUUUGACAUCUGAGAACCUUGGCUUGGAUCAGGGGACAUCAGUUUCUUCGUCUUGGGACAGUAGCCGUGCAAGUGUGUCCAGUAGGACUUCUGGGGGUAGAAGGAGCAGGAGAAAUAGCUCAGGGUCAUCGGGGAAUUUUGGAGGGAAGAGGUGGAAGAGGAAAGAGAAAUUAAGAGUCACUAGGCAAAAACCAUUUAUGUUAAGGACUGAGCAAAGGGGAAAAUUGAAAGAGGAAGAAUUUAUGAAGAAAGUACAAGAGAUGACGGCUGAAGAAGAAAAGAUGAGGAUACCAAUUGCACAAGGUCUUCCAUGGACAACAGAUGAACCUGAGUGCUUGUUAAAACCUACAGUUAAAGAAAGCACAAAGCCUAUUGAUCUAAAGCUUCAUAGUGAUAUUCGGGCAGUUGAUCGUGCUGAAUUUGACCAACAGGUGGCAGAAAAAAUGAACUUCAUAGAACAACUCAAGUUGGAAAGGGAAAGACAACAAAAGUUGGCAGAAGAGGAAGAGAUCAAAAGGUUGAGGAAAGAACUCAUUCCAAAAGCUCAACCAAUGCCGUACUUUGAUAGACCUUUUGUCCCAAGGAGGUAA